CUUUCUGUAAACUGCUGAGUAUGGAGAGGCCCCGCCCUUCCGCACCAGGCUGAGGCCGGGCCGGUCCCGCCCCGCUCCCCCCGGCGGGUGUUCUUCCCCGGACGGAGCUGGAGGGCCUGGCGGCGGCGGCGCAUGAAGCCCCGGGCGGUGCCCUCCUGGCUGCAGCCCAGGUAUAGGAAGAAUGUCUACCUUUUCAUCUACUACUUAAUCCAAUUCUGUGGCCACUCAUGGAUAUUUACAAAUAUGACAGUCAGAUUCCUCUCAUUUGGAAAAGAUUCCAUGGUUGACACUUUCUAUGCGAUUGGCCUUGUGAUGCGCCUUUGCCAGUCUAUUUCACUCUUGGAGUUGCUGCACAUAUAUGUUGGCAUUGAAUCAGAUCAUCUUUUUCCUAGGUUUCUGCAGCUCACAGAGAGAAUCAUCAUCCUCUUUGUAGUGAUCACCAGUCAAGAGGAAGUCCAAGGGAAAUAUGUGGUGUGUGUUUUAUUCAUCUUUUGGAAUCUGUUGGAUACAGUUAGGUACACUUACUGCAUGUUAGCAGUCAUAGGAAUAUCCUAUGCGGUCUUGACAUGGCUCAGUCAAACCCUGUGGAUGCUGAUUUAUCCUUUGUGUGUCCUUGCAGAAGGUAUGUAUUUUACCUACAGUCAUCUUUACUCAGAAAGAAGAGACAUCCUCAGAGUCUUUCCCAUUAAAAAGAAGAAAAUGUGAAGUACAGCAUUCUGAUGUGAUGAAAAGCAGCAUGUGGAGUCAGCUUCAGUAAACACAGCACAGGAAGCAUUCCGGUGGGAAGAUACCUAGUAUUUGAUAAAACUCCAUGACUGACAAUUGUAUUCCUCCCCGGAGUAGAGACACCACAGUAGUCUAUGUUCUUACAUAUUGUAUUUCCAAACACCCCCUGUAACACCAAAGCUGUGGAUUCUGUACGGGUUAAAGUUGUAUCAGGAAGUCUGAUCAUUUUCCUAUAAAGUUAAGAAAUAGGAAAUUAACUGGAAUACGUUCAUUAAAUUGAAAACCAAAACUGCUAACCUAAAUUACAUCUAUUUCUUUUCAGAGUUCCCAACUACAGUAGAUCUGUAGGAGGGAAGCAAUGACUAAAUAUUCUGUGUAGUUGUCUAGAAUAACAUAUUUCACAGAUAUCACUGUCCCCAGAGGUAAACAUUAGACAUACCUAGAAAAUUAUUUUCUAGACUUUGAUGAAAACAGAAUAAAUCUUUGGUAAAUAUAAAAAUAAUGCCCCCAAUUUUUUUUAAACAGGCUGUAUACAUAUCUUACAAGGAGGUACAAAGAUAUAGUAAAAAUUUAUUAAGAAAUCUGAAAUAUUGCCAAUUCUUGAUUUACUAUUAUAUCCAAAAUGUAUGUGAAUUGACUAAUUAAGAAUAAUUUCUGUACCAUCAAUGUAUCACUCACUUUUCUUGAAAGAAUUAUAGAAUCUUAUCCAGUGACUAUAUAAAAAGGGUAUUAAAUAUUUUGGGACAUAAUAACUAGGUAGUAGAAAUAAAACUACAAAAAAAAUUGCUAAAAGCUUUAGUUUACAAAAAGAAUCCCUUUGCAAACUCCAGGUGACUUAGUCUGGCUUCCUACUUACAUUGUUGGAAUAUACACCUAGAGUCACUGAAACAAGAAAGAAUUACAGCAACUAUACUUUAUUGGGCUACUGUAGGAAACUAAAAUUUCAUUAAAUAAUACUUAAAUUUUUUAAACUACAUUACCUUAAAGCCUUUUUAUCAAGGUCAUUGAAACGAAAAGCAAUAACUAACACUUCUUCCAGACAUACUCAUUGGGUAGUGAUGUAUUUUAUUCCCGUAUGUUUCUCAAGAAACACUUUCAUCUUGGUCUGAUGUUUUUGUUCAAUAAACAGGUUACCCUUAGAAUGAGUUGCUUCCUAGUUGACUUCACAAAAAUGCGUACAUUCAUUCAAGAAACACUUAUUUUGUGCCUACAAUGUGCCACACACCAUACAUAAAACCCUUACUAGGCUUCCUGCAAACAAGCUUGUUACUAAAGCAUGUACCAUACCACACUGAAGUCCCUAAGAAGUUAACUUUUUAAAAUAUUCCUUAUUCUGCCUACCUUGAGCAAGUUGUCACAUAUGUGUUUCUUUCAAAAGAAGUAACUACAUCAGUACCUGAAAAGUUUCUCCAGAGAAAUAACCUAUGUACAAAGAAAACAGUUACAUUUUAUUGUGCUAACGUAUUUAAGUGAUUUAAAAUUAAAAUAUGCUAAAAAUCA